AUGGUCAACAAACCUCAGAUGCGCAUCGUAGGUACCCCCAUCGUCAUAGAUCAUUUCAGUAAGAAACUUUGUUAUUCGAAACUAGCACUUUGCUUUUUGACUCAUGCUCAUUCCGAACACUAUCAAGGGUUAUCUGCGAAAUGGAAGCAUCGAAUAUACUGUUCGGAAGUGACGGCAAAAAUCUUAGCCUACUUCUUCAACUUUGAACGCGACGUUUUGCAUCCUCUGCAACUUAAUGAAACUCAUCCACUGACAUGGGGGAGCGAUCCGGAAUCUGAAUGCGCAACCGUUACUGCGAUCGAUGCUGAACACUGCCCAGGAUCCGUGAUGUAUUUGUUUGAGGGUCAUUUUGGAAGGGUUGUUUGUACGGGAGAUUUUCGACUUGAGGACUGCUCCGUUGUACCGGAGCGAUGGUGGUCAUCCCCUGUGGAUAAGAUGUACUUCGAUGAUUACGCUUAUGACUGGGAAGAAAGCGUUUCCAAAGAAUCGUUGCAUUGGCCCUCUCGUGAUAAGGCACGUGAAGAGGCCUUGAAUAUCCUGCGUGGACAUUUGCCUGAUAAGGUUUUUCUCGUUAUGCCUCAACAGAAGCUAGGUAAAGAGGAACUGCUGAUAGCCAUUGCACAGACCUUCGGCGUCCAUAUACUGGCGCCAAAAGAACGAGUGGAUAUCGCAAAGCUGAUCGGACUUCCGGACGUGUUCACCAACGACCCUGUCGCUGCACGAAUGGAGCUAAUAAGCUUACGGUCGAUAAAAGCAGCACUGAGAUCUGCUGCUGCGGCCAACGGUUCGGUGAUCAUCCUCCUUCUGACGACCGUCGUUCGGAAAAGACCAUUUUUGCAAGAGCUGCUUUCGGCUCCGUUUGUUUUUUGGAUUCCCUACUGUGAUCAUUGUAAUCCAACUGAGUUAGACAACUUCAUUAACCUCUUCCAUGCUAAACACAAGAUUCCUCGACGACUGGGAACGAUCACUGCUGGCAGUGAUCGCCGUCAUGCCAAAGAGGUACACGAAGAGAUGCCAAAAAGAAAGCUUGCAUCUCCAAAUAGAUUGGAUUGUUCUUCCAGCUCAGUUCCUAAUGGAUUAGUCACUCCAGCCACUAGUCAUGAAGACGUGGAUCAAGUCUCAACGUUGCCAGCUAACUUGGUCACCUGCACUGCGGUCGCGUCAUCGUCUACCUGUACUCCGGCGAACGUCGUAAUCGAAUCAGCGGUCGAAAAUGUGACUGAUGCGGUUCCGGUCUUGUUUAAUGACCGUGAUAUGCGUUGUCUUUGGUACAUAUGCGAGCAUGGUAUCUCUCACCCGUAG